CUCCAAGCACUCCCAACUGAGUCCGGACAACAAGCAGACAAGGUUUAAUAAGGCGCAGUUACACGGGGCUAGAGUGUGAGAGAUGACUGAUCGCCGCCAGCCUUUCGCCUUUUAGCGUAUAUAGCCGAAAAGGAGGACAGUAAUCACACUGACCCGCUUCGCCGCUUUCACUGGACGCAUCCGUCAGAUAUUUUUGGCGCGCAUAAUUUCUUCCCACAAUUAACCUCCACCCGGUGUUGCUCUGCCUUUUUGGGGGGAAGUUGUAACCUUAUUUUCUCAUUAGUCUGAAGCGCUUGCCUCUGGCUACCCGGUAAGCAUUGGAUCCGUCAACGUACUGCGAUACUCCGGUAUACAGCCCGGACCUCUGCCCAAACAUGAUAGCCACACAGGCGAAGCUUGUUUAUCAGCUCAACAAAUACUACAACGAGAGGUGUCAGGCUCGUAAAGCGGCCAUCGCCAAGACUAUCCGGGAGGUAUGCAAGGUGGUGUCGGACGUCUUGAAAGAGGUCGAGGUGCAGGAGCCGCGGUUCAUCAGCUCGUUGAGUGAGAUCGAGGCACGCUACGAGGGGAUGGAGGUUAUCUCCCCGAAUGAGUUCGAAGUGGUGCUUUACCUGAACCAGAUGGGCGUUUUCAACUUUGUGGAUGACGGGUCCCUGCCGGGAUGCGCAGUCUUAAAGCUGAGCGACGGCCGCAAAAGAAGCAUGUCACUUUGGGUAGAGUUUAUCACCGCCUCGGGGUACCUCUCGGCUCGAAAGAUCAGAUCAAGAUUUCAGACUCUGGUGGCACAAGCCGUGGAUAAAUGCAGCUACCGUGACGUUGUCAAGAUGGUAGCAGACACCAGCGAAGUGAAACUAAGGAUCCGAGAGAGGUACGUCGUUCAGAUCACCCCCGCUUUCAAAUGUACCGGCAUCUGGCCUAGAAGCGCGGCGCAGUGGCCCAUGCCUCACAUCCCCUGGCCGGGUCCUAAUCGGGUGGCAGAGGUCAAAGCCGAAGGUUUCAAUCUGCUUUCUAAAGAGUGCUACUCGUUAACCGGGAAGCAGAGCUCCGCCGAGAGCGACGCCUGGGUCUUGCAGUUCAGCGAAGCCGAAAACAGGCUCCUGAUGGCGGGCUGCAGGAAGAAAUGCCUGUCCAUCCUAAAGACGCUGCGCGACCGUCACCUCGAGCUGCCGGGACAGCCACUCAAUAACUACCACAUGAAGACCUUGCUCCUAUAUGAAUGCGAGAAACAUCCGCGGGAGACCGACUGGGACGAAUCGUGCCUCGGCGACCGGCUGAACGGAAUUCUCCUGCAGCUUAUCUCGUGCUUGCAGUGUCGCAGAUGCCCCCAUUACUUCUUACCAAACUUGGACCUGUUUCAAGGGAAACCUCAUUCGGCUCUGGAAGCUGCAGCAAAACAGACAUGGAGACUCGCGAGAGAGAUUCUCACCAAUGCCAAAAGUUUGGACAAAUUAUAGACAAUAACCCAGCGAAAAUAUUCCGGGUAGUACUGAGAGACGUUGCGGGCACACUCCGUUUAAAUGCGCUCGACACGAGAUCCCUUGAUUCUCCAAAUAAUGUGAAAAGUCUUUUAUUAAGAAGCAAAUGGGACAUUGCAAGAAAGUUAAGGUACCUUUUAAGAAACGUAUUCUCUCUGUCGUUUGGUUUUGAAUGUUUUCACAAAGUGAAGAACCUUUUAUUUAAAUAUAUGCAUAAAACUCUAAUGCAAAUGGAAAAAAAAAGAAAAUGUAGAGUGCCAAGUUCAAAUUUCGAUCAUGUGAGCUAAAGCUGAGAUGUUAAUAAAACCUAAACGGAAUGCCAUUGUAAUUCGGCGU